GCCGCCGCGCCGAGCCUUGCGUCCAGCACCAGCGCUCGCGCCCCUGGGUGCCGCCUUCGCCCGCCAUCGCCCGAAGUCGCCACUGGAGCCGCGGGAGCUAUCGGAGCCGCUAGAGCCAGAGAGCCAAGGGUCAGUCCUCCGGACAGUGAAUCUGGCCUCGGAGGGCAUACUGGGGAGGGGGUUGGGUUCAGAAUUCCGUGAAGACUUGGAUCCCACGGAUAAGCUCGGGCCUGGUGCAGGCCUCUCCAUUGCUGUUGCCGCGGAGCCUGCAGCCCAGGUCCUCCGGCAGCCAGGGAUCAGGCUAGCUGCCUUCCCUGGGCGCCCUGUCCUGGAGCCAUGGGGCCCACCUAGCCCCUGCCUGCCCAGAUGUCCCGGCCCAGGGACUGCUGACCUCUGCUGCAGGAGGAGGCCCCUCCACGCCCCCUUGCCAGCCUCAGCAGACAGAGACCCUGGGUGAGCCCCUGCGUGAACCCCACAUCCCAAGACAGCCUCCUGUACCCCCUUGCCCCCGCCUGCUUCCCCCUCCCCCUCCUCUUCCUCCUCCUCUUCGGACUGAACCAGAUAAGCCAUUGUGGCCACUGGGGGGGGCCCUGCCCCCCAACCUGUCACCUGCUGCCCCUUGCAGUCCACGGAGUAACCGGGGGCCUCACCAGGCCUGGCAGGACCAGGAUGCAGCCCCUUCUCUUCCCCCACGGCCCCACCCAACGCCCCCACCUGUGCCAACGUCCGGUCUGACUGUAGAGAGCCGGAUGCCAGCUGACCCUGGGCCCGAGGUGGGCAGUGGAUGGCCAGGCCUCCUCAUGUCCUGCCUGAAAGGCCCCCAUGUCAUCCUCAAAAUGGAGGCCAUGAAGAUUGUCCACCCUGAAAAGUUCCCUGAGCUCCCGGCGGCCACCCCCUGCUUCCCGCCUGCACCCAGGCCCACUCCCACUCUGGCACCCAAGCGUGCUUGGCCCUCAGACACAGAGAUCAUUGUCAACCAGGCAUGUGGGGGGGACAUGCCUACCUUGGAAGGAGCACCCCACACUCCACCCUUGCCAAGGCGGCCCCGCAAGGGCAGUUCUGAAUUGGGCUUCCCCCGGGUGGCACCAGUGGAUGAGGUCAUUGUAAAUCAAUAUGUGAUUCGACCUGGCCCAACAGCCUCUGCACCUUCAUCAUCCGGGCCAGUGAUAGCAGGUGAGCCCCUGGAAUGCCCCACCUGUGGGCAUACAUACAACGUCACUCAGCGGCGGCCCCGCGUGCUGUCUUGCCUGCACUCUGUGUGUGAGCAGUGCCUGCAGAUCCUUUACGAGUCUUGCCCUAAGUACAAGUUUAUCUCGUGUCCCACCUGCCACCGUGAGACUGUGCUCUUCACUGACUAUGGCCUGGCCGCACUGGCUGUCAAUACAUCCAUCCUGAGCCGCUUGCCACCUGAAGCCCUGACGGCCCCAUCCGGUGGCCAGUGGGGGGGUGAAUCCGAAGGCAGCUGCUACCAGACCUUCCGGCAGUACUGUGGGGCUGCAUGCACCUGCCAUGUGCGGAACCCACUAUCAGCCUGUUCCAUCAUGUAGUGUCCACCUGCCCACGACUGCCUGCAGGCCCUUGCUCGCCGCUUCUUCAGGGAACUGGCCCUGUCCUGUUUCCCGCUGACCCUUUCUUGCCCACUGUGGCUUCUGGCCCUACCCUGCGUGGCAUUGUCGCUGCAGCCAACUUUGCCAUUAAAAUUCUUUGCCAAAGUU